GAGAAAGAGAUGGGAUGUAUGAGCUGUCCAAAGCAAUGAACCAAAGGUAUGCUUUUCUAGCGUUGACACAGGUGGGGACGGCCCCUGUAGAUCACCUGCAGCCGCUGAGGAGACCUAAGGGAAAAGUGAGGGUCCCACAGUGGAGCCCUGCUGCUUUGCUCUCUGAUACUGUGACAUCGUUUAGGUGUUUGGGCUAAGUGCAUUUGUGGAUUCUAGAGUCUAUUUAGAAUCUUCGUGUUUUGUGAAAGAAUGAAGGUGACCUUGUAAUAUUUGUAACUCAACACAGUUCUUUAUUUUUCAUUUCCUUCCAGUAUUGCCCCUCUUAGACCGCCCUCUACGUGUUAUUUAAUGAAGAAGCACUCAGAAGGGUGGUGGAGCGUAAGAUGAGUUAAGCGUUUUUCUUUUACAAACAGCUCAUGCUGGUUUGUUGUCAGUGGAGUGAAGGGGAAGCAAUGCAGAAAUCACAGUGCCAUGGAGACAUACAGCUGAGAAACAGAGUGACAGGUAAUUAUGAUCAAAGGAUAUCAUCAAACCCACAGAUAAAGCAUAGGACUACAGUUCAACGAAGCAAAUCCUCAUCAUCCACCAGCUCUCCAGAGGCUGCAAGAAAAGUCCAUCCUCGACCGAGCGAUAAACUUAACCCUAAAACAAUUAACCCGUUUGGAGAACAGUCACGAGCCCCAUCUGCAUUUGCAGCUGUUUACUCUAAAGGUGGUAUCCCUUGCAGGUUGGUCCACGGCGCAGUAAAACACAGGUUGCAGUGGGACUGCCCCCCUGAAAGCCUUGCGUUCGAUCCUCUACUCAUUACUUUAGCCGAGGGUCUGAGAGAGACUAAACAUCCAUAUACCUUUGUCUCAAAGGAGGGUUUUAGAGAAUUACUUCUGGUUCAGGAUGCUCCUGAAAAAGCAGUGCCUUUGCUUCCUAGACUGAUUCCUGUGCUAAAGGCGGCUCUGGCCCAUUCGGAUGACGAAGUGUUUGGAAGAGGGUUGAGUGCUCUGGUACAGCUAAGUGUCGCUGUCGGACCUCCUCUGAGCCCCCACCUGAAACAUCUGCUUACAAGUCUUUUCAAGAGACUGAGGGACAAGAAGUUCAAAGAGCCGAUCACCAGCGCGCUACAGAAGCUGGAGCAGCAUGGCGGGAGUGGAAGCCUUAUCAUCAUCAAAGCUAAAAUUCCAACAUAUUGCUCCAUAUGUUGUUGAAGAAGGGAGACGACAAAAAUCUUACUACCUGGCGACAGGUGUUAAACGCUGGCUGUGGAUACCUGUGGAACCUUCGCAGAUUCACUCAGUAUAUUUUGUAAAUCACAGCCACCAUUCAUUAUUUACCAGUUUAAGAUGAAUAUACAUAAUUCCACUGAAUCACAGUAAGUUAUUCAACAAAAAAGAAUGAUUAAUAGUGGAAAGCUAUUAAAGUUCUAUAACACGACAGUUAUGAAGCAUUUAUUGUUCAUAUUUUUAUGAUUUGUGUGAACAACCAUUACUGGGUUUAUAGUAGAAGUGUUUGCAUUUAUUUUCUAAUGCCUUUUACUUAUAACAUCCCUUUUGCAAUCAGUUUGUAACUAUACACUUAUUUUUAAAUAUUUUGCUGUUUGGGGAUUUUAUAUUUAUCAAGGCUAUGGAAAUUUAAAAUAGUGGACAAUUAAUAAUUCACUAUUAAUUAUUGUUUGUAAAUAUGUCUUUUGCAAUGUAGAAUGCUUGGGAAAAUUUCUUUCCAGAGUAUUCUAGUGUAAGAAUUAUUUUUUAAUGUGUAAAUUCUCUAGUAAGUAUGUUGUUUAUUACAACUCAUUAAAACUACCUAAACUUUAGGUGUUAGUUGUAGAUAAGUAAAUGUUAUGUUUGUAUUUCAUAGUCUGAGUUCAGUACAUGAAGAGAUUCAGAAAUGAAAAUGUUAAAACUCUCACAUAUUUAGUGAUUUGUUGUGCUUGCUUAUGUUGAACAAUUAGAUUUUAAAAGUUUUUGAAAUUUACAGGCAUCAUUCUGGGUGUUGAUGUAAAAGCUGACUGGGUCAUCUGCAAGAGACAGGAGUAGAAGAGAAACAGAAAACAAGACUAAGACCUUUCACCUUCAGGGCAAGAAGAGAGCCCCUAGAAACUCAGUAGUCACACCAAAGCCCAGCUGACUCUCACUUCCAAAGGUGGACAUCAGGGGUCACUCUUACAUAGGGGAGCAGUAUCAUAUUCCAGAAGCGUCAGAAGAAACCCUGUUUUUGCUCCUUCCCUCCAAUACCUGGAGAGACCUCUUUGCACUCUCCCUUUAACUAGUCUUACAGCUGUGAUUUAAAAGAAUGCAAGUAAUUUCUGAAGCGUCAUAAGUGUGAAAAUGCUUGUCCUCCUUUAGAUCUGCUGUGCUUCCUGGUUCCCUGUCGGGUACGCUCUUUCCUCAGGUAUCACUUGUCACAUCCUCAGGUCAUGUAGUUACAACAUCCGCCUGACCCCUGCCUCACUUUCAGUCUUCCUCAUGCACUGGGCGCUGCCCAAAGCAAAGAUUUCUACAAUCUAGAAAAUGACAUAAGCAAAAAUAUUUUUAACCUAGUAAUUACAAAAUUUGUUGGAAUAAAGACCUAUAAGAUACAGUA